GUUCAACAAGAUGAUUAUGAGGUUUUUAAAAUCACUUCAUGGGCUUCUUCUGUGGAUACUUGUUACUUCCAGAUUUGUGUUAAAUAGAGAAAAACUGCUGCUCUCCAGUGGCAUAUGGAAUUUAGAGAUGAACUGCAUUAAUGUAGCUAAUUAAAAGCCAUCUGCCAUACCUUUUCUUUUCCCUCACGAAAAUCUUCAGAAUACCAAGAAACUAAUUCAGUAUGAUGUUUUGAGGUAGCUCCAUCAUUUUCUGGUGACCCUUGGUCAUUACUGCCCUUCCAGCAGAGCAUGGCAGUCAUAAAUCCAAAUACAAGUAUGAGCCAAGAUGGGUAGAGGUGUUUUUGGGCCAAAGCUCCCUGCUCAGUGGUAUUGGUGGGUGCCCCUCUUUUCCCAGGGUUUUCUGUUCUGGCUGGCACAUGGAAGGAGAUGGAGGCAGGUCUGGCCAGGUGUGCUCCUGCCCAAUGUAACCAAGUGACCUCACAAGGGGCUGGGGCAGGAGUAGCCGGGGAGACAGGAUGGAACACGGGACGGGCGGAACGCGCGGGGCGCCGCUCCUCUUUGCUCUACGGAGAUUGCUGCGGUUUUAGAGUUCUCUGUCCUGCCUCAGAGUACAACAUCAGCUCUGAAAAAGAGCAGCAACAUUGGUGAGCACAUGUGGGUGGUGUAGGGUCUGUGUUCAGCCUCUCAACUGCCUCACUGGGGAUGGGGACAGUUUGGUCCAGGACAGACUUAUGCAGCCAGACAACAAACCAACUAAAAUUUUCCUAACAUGAAUUAAGAAACAUUUUAGAGCAAAGAUCUGAAGAACAACCUGUUUACAGUAGCAUCUGGACUGCAACCUAUGGCUUUAGAAAACAGUAGGUGGAAGGAUGGCAUGGAAAUGGAAGUACUCCCCCAAGGAACAGCUGGAGGAUACGAGCAGCCUGCACCCAGGGCUGACGGGGCUGCAGAACCUGGAGAACACGUGCUAUAUGAACGCGGUGCUGCAGUGCCUCUGCAGCCUGACCCCGCUCGUGCAGUAUUUCCUCUCAGGAAAGUGGAACACAGCCCUGCACGAGGAGAUUGGCGAGUCUGCGACUGCCUUUGGCUGUUUGAUAUCCGAUAUGUGGCUAGGAGAGUUUGACUAUGUUUCCCCUGAGGCUUUUCAUUCUGUCUUUGGGAAGCGGCACCCAACUUUUAGCAAGAGAACUCAGCAUGAUGCACAGGAGUUCCUCAUCUGUGUGCUGGAUGACCUCCAUGAGGCUUUCAAACAGCCAAGCCAAGAAAGACAGAGCCCUGGUGCAGGAGCAAGCACAAGGAGUAGCAGUGGCACAUCAAUAAUAACACAGUUAUUUGAGGGACAGCUCAGUCAUGGUAUCAGGUGUCUGACAUGCAAAGCCCACAGCGACAGACCCGAGAACUUCACCGUCCUCUCCCUGCCCAUCCCUUCCACCAGAGCGUGCUCUCUGCAGGACUGCCUGGAAUGCUUUUUUCAGCCAGACACACUGACUCUGAACAACCAAAUCAACUGCUACUGGUGUGGAAGCAACCAAGAUGCAACAGUAAAGGCUUCCAUAACGAAGGCACCACCCAUCAUUAUUUUUCAUCUAAAGAGGUUUGCCUGGCAGGACAAGAACAGAAGGAAACUCUCAACCACCGUGUGCUACCCGUUCAGCGACCUGGAUCUCUCUCCCUACAUCUCCACCUCGUGUCGCAACACUAGAGAGUACAGCUUGUGUGCUGUAGUGAAUCAUGCUGGAGAUAUGGAUUAUGGCCACUACACGGCCUUCUGCAAGCACUCAGUCACCAAACACUGGUACAGCUUUGAUGAUGCCCAGGUCACCAAGAUCCCAGACUCUGAAGUGCAGGCUGACACAGCAUACCUCCUCUUCUACACCUCCCAAGGCUACUGAGACCCUGUUAGUCCUUGAAAAUCAACACUGAGUAGGGCAGCACCUAGAAUUCACCAGCAGCAUUAGCCAACUCCUGUUUCAUCAAUAAACUAGAGCAUGUACACUACUGAUCAGCUGUUGUGGUUGUCCAGGAAGUGAUUCCUAGAAAGGACAGUUACAGCCUCUAAGCCAGGAAGGAACAUGCAUCCUCUCCAUGUGCACAAGGGCCAAGGGUUGUUUUCCAUGACAACCUUCUUGUACCCCUCAAAAGAACACAGAUGUUGAGCACACAGAUGCACUUACCUGGAAAUUCUUGUUUUUCUGCUGGUUAAGUAUAGGAGGUUGUUCUAAGCUGCCUUUCAGGAACUAACAGAAGGAUACCAAAGUGAAAGCAUACAACCAGACCACACUCUGUGCUACAGAAGAGAGGAUGGAGUGACCAUUAAUAUGUAAGAAAGAAAAAGGCAUUGUUCUACUGCUGUCAUUUUUGUUCCUCCAGCACUUCAAAUUUGUUUGCAGCUCAUAAGCUUCUGGAAAACAAUCAGUAUUGGUCUUAAUUGCAUCAGCAAGACAGACACAGACAAGUAAAACCUCAGAAUGGAAGACAUGAAUGCCAACCUAACCAGAAAAGGAAAACUAACUCCAAUCCAGAGCAGGAAAAUACAUAAGAUGCAACUAAAGUAAGUUUUUAAACUAAUCAGCUCUAUGCAAAACAGGUUUUUUUUUUUUAAAUCUGGAGAACCUUUAAACUCUGUGAAUAUGAUUCAGACUGUUAUGAUGUACAAUCUUGAUCAUUACAGAACAAGCUGAGAACGAAAAACCAAACCCAAACA